GAUGGCGGCCGCCAUGGCGUGGCUGCGGCGGGGCGCGUGGGGCCCGGCGCGGCGGUGCUACAGCGGCGGCGGCGUGCCGCUGACGCGCCCGCUGCCCGGCGCCCCCCAGCCCGUGUUCGCGGCGGCCGGCGGCCGGGAGCGCUUCGAGACGCGGGUGACGGCGCUGGAGAACGGGCUGCGCGUCGCCUCGCAGAACAAGUUCGGGCAGUUCUGCACGCUGGGCCUGCUGGUGAAUUCGGGCUCCAGGCACGAAGCGAAGUAUCUCAGCGGCAUUUCCCACUUCCUGGAGAAGCUGGCCUUUUCCUCUACAGCUCAGUUUGCUAGCAAAGAUGAGAUUCUCCUCACCUUAGAAAAGCAUGGGGGUAUCUGUGACUGCCAGGCAUCAAGGGACACAAUAAUGUACGCCGUUUCUGCUGAUGCCAAAGGCCUGGACAUGGUGGUCAACUUGCUGGCUGAUGUAGUGCUACAGCCCAGGUUAUCAGACGAAGAAAUUGAGAUGACUCGAAUGGCUAUACGAUUUGAGCUUGAAGAUUUGAAUAUGAGACCUGAUCCAGAGCCUCUACUAACAGAAAUGAUCCAUGCGGCAGCCUACAGAGAAAAUACAGUUGGACUGAACAGGUUCUGCCCAGUAGAAAACACUGGCAAAAUUGAUCGGGAAGUCCUCCAUUCGUACCUGCGCAACUACUAUACGCCAGACAGGAUGGUGCUGGCCGGGGUGGGGAUCGAGCAUGAGCAGUUAGUGGAGUGUGCCAAGAAGUAUCUGCUUGGAGUAGAGCCAGUGUGGGGUAGUGGAAAGACCAAGGACGUUGACAGAUCUGUGGCUCAAUACACAGGAGGAAUUGUCAAGGUUGAAAAAGAUAUGUCAGAUGUGAGCCUGGGCCCUACUCCAAUCCCAGAGCUUACCCACAUCAUGAUUGGGCUAGAAAGCUGCUCAUUUUUAGAGGAAGAUUUCAUUCCCUUUGCAGUAUUAAACAUGAUGAUGGGAGGCGGUGGCUCCUUUUCAGCUGGAGGGCCUGGCAAGGGCAUGUUCACCCGACUGUAUCUCAAUGUACUCAACAGGCACCACUGGAUGUAUAAUGCGACCUCAUACCAUCACAGUUACGAAGAUACAGGUCUCCUGUGUAUUCAUGCCAGUGCAGAUCCAAAACAGGUUCGAGAGAUGGUGGAAAUCAUUACAAGAGAAUUCAUCCUAAUGGCAGGAGCAGUGGGAGAGGUGGAACUUGAGCGAGCAAAAACACAACUGAAAUCCAUGCUCAUGAUGAACCUUGAGUCUCGGCCAGUUAUCUUUGAAGAUGUGGGAAGGCAAGUGUUGGCAACAAACACAAGGAAACUACCUCACGAGCUCUGCACACUCAUCAGUGACGUGAAACCUGCCGACAUCAAGAGAGUGGUCACUAAGAUGCUUCGUAACAAACCAGCUGUGGCUGCACUGGGUGACUUAACAGAUUUGCCCACCUAUGAACACAUCCAGACAGCACUUUCUAGUAAGGAUGGGCGGCUCCCUCGGAUGUAUCGGCUCUUUCGAUAAAUCAGCACGUACUGCAGGUGUCUAAGACAGACUUUUUUUUUUUUAUUUUAACACUUGUUGGAUUGUAAUAUUGCUGCACACCCCCCCCCCAUACCUUUCCAGGCAUACUGUGCAAACAUGGGAUUAUGCUACAGCUGAACAAAACUGUUUUGGAAUAUUGGACUGUGAAGAGCUCGUUAUGUUGUGGACUUACAAACCAUCCUGCCUCUGGAUGAGUAUUUUUUCACCCUCUGAGUAGAUUUAUGGCAGAAGAUGCCUGUAUGCAGCCUUCUCUUGGCACUGGGGAGAGCACAGCAAACUGGAGUAUUUAUCUGUAGGUGAAAGCACAUACCUGAGAAGGAGUAAGUGUGUUACUGCUUAAUAAUAUUGCAAGACCAGUCUUUUUGGCAGUAUAGGUAGGGCUGCCACAGGGAAGGCACCCAUGUGUGCAGCCUGCCCUUCCCUACCCCGUGGCCCCGGCACCCUGCCGGUGAGCCAGAUGGGAUUAAACCACAGGGGGCUUGAGGCUACACUACUCUGCUAAAGGCAGUGUGUGUUCCCAUUAGCUUUCCUUCACAAGGCUGAUCCAAAGGUUACAAUCCAAAUCUACCACAUUUGUUAGUUAAAACAUUGAUUGACAUAAGUUCAGUUUAACAAGUCAGUUGGCCUGCUGUGACGCACACUGUGAGCCCACAGCCGUAUGUGGGCAUAGGAAGACUGAAAAUGCUGUUAAAGGGUUUGGCUUACAUAGACGAAUUCAAAGAAUAUUUAUAGCUGUUAUCAAAGUGGACAAAUACUUGGUCAGAAUUAAUUUGGAAAAUAUCAAUUAUCCCUGUACAUUUAGGCAACAAGCUUCCUGCGUUCUAGCUUUGUUAGAAGAAUCAUGGAUCAUUUUGUCAGUGUAACUUACCUUCAGUACUACACAUUGAAAUCAUAUGUCUGGAAAUAGGUUGAUAAUUUUUCUAGAAAGAACUCAAAGGAAAGUAGAGUAUAAACAAUUCCUGGGAAAUCCAUAGAGGGAGAUAGAGUUAUGCAAACUAUGUGGACAUUUAUUCUGGGAUGAAAGCAAUCCUAUCCUUCAGUUUAUUUCACUAGCAAGUGGAUUAUGGUAAAGAAUAAAGUGCUUUUUCUCCAGAAUUGGUAUCCAAGCAAGAAGUCACUAAAGUUGCUGCUGCACCUCAAAUUCAUACUCUACAGUCUUCAAAUUGUUAUUCAGGUGAACUGAAGAACUUGUAAACAAAAGACCUAACUGUCAGUCUCACAGCAAAGAUGGAGCUUAGUUAGGAGUCAACAAAGUGAAGAUGGAAAGAUCAUAAUCUUUGAAGUGAUUAACUCGGGGAAAAAACAGGAAGCUGUCACAUACAGAAAGAGACAUGAAGCUAAGUGAAACAAAUUUGACAUACUGGAGAAACUGGCCCGUAAGAGAGGAGAUGUAAGAUCUGAUUUACAUAACCCCCAGCAUCUGGUUAAAAACAUAGACUGCUGUAUGCCAGCAUUUCACUGGCUUGGUAUGUAUUUUCAGGAGCAGUCAAACUGGGAGCAGAACACUAGGAGGCAGUUACUGUCUGCUUUAUCCCCAUAACUUCCCUCAUGCAACUGGAAGAAAAUAUGUUACAUUGCUUCUUACAGAGCCCGCAGUAUGGAAGUCUGUAUAUGCCUCUGUCCUGAUCAGUUGUUGUGUACGUUUGUAAAGAAAAUAAACAGACUUUUACGUGA